GCUGAAUUGAACAUCUGCCAAGGACAAUUUUUUUAUUUUUUGACAAAAGUCUCCUAUUUGAUAUAAUUUGACACAAUGGCAGAUAUAGAUAGAUAGAUAGAUAGAUAGAUAGAUAGAUAGAUAGAUAGAUAGAUAGAUAGAUAGAUAGAUAGAUAGAUAGAUAGAUAGAUAGAUAGAUAGAUAGAUAGAUAGAUAGAUAGAUAGAUAGAUAGAUAGAUAGCACCCUAAGACCUUCAAGUUGAUGUCACAUUCUUGGUGCACCUCCCCUGCAGUCGGAUUUCAAAUAUUUGAAUACCCCCCCUCUCUCAGCUCAAAACUUUUCUUCCUCGGCACUGCCUUCAGUCGGACCAUCGGGGAUCGGUGGGUGUGAUGCCGGUCAAAGUGUGGAUACCGUGCCGCCGCCAGAGCUCUCUCGCUGCGGUUCCACAGCAGUAGAAAAACGCGACGCGGUGAACAGCAGGACAGGACAGGAGCUCCAUGUUAAAGGGCUGCACCUUGGACAAAAGUGGCCGCCCGGAGCCUCUCAGCAUGCGGGUCCUGUUGAGCGUCCUGUACCCCGUCCUUUCCCUCACCAUCUUCGGAUUAUAUCCCUCCAUGACUAUCGGCCCAAAGGAGGGCUGGCAGGUGUACAGCUCGGCGCAGGAUGCUGAUGGGCGCUGUAUCUGCACAGUGGUGGCUCCAGAGCAGAGCCUGUGCUCCAGAGAUGCCAAGAGCAGACAGCUCCGCCAGCUACUAGAGAAGGUGCAGAACAUGUCUCAGUCCAUUGAGGUGCUGAACCUACGGACUCAGAGGGAUUUCCAAUAUGUCAUGAAGAUGGAGAACCAGAUGAAGGGCCUGAGGACCAAGUUCAGACAGAUUGAGGAUGACAGGAAAUCCAUCAUAGCCAGAAAUUUCCAGGAGCUUAAGGACAAGAUGGACGAGCUGAAGCCCCUGAUCCCCGUGCUGGAGCAGUACAAGAUGGAUGCCGCACUCAUCUCCCAGUUCAAGGAGGAGAUCAGGAACCUGUCUGCGGUGCUGACAGGAAUCCAGGAGGAGCUUGGGGCCUACGACUAUGACGAGCUCUAUCAGAGAGUCCUGCGGCUGGACAGCAGGCUCCGCAGCUGCAUGGGCAAACUAACGUGUGGGAAAUUAAUGAAAAUCACUGGACCCGCUACAAUAAAGACAUCUGGAACUCGGUUUGGGGCAUGGAUGACUGAUCCUCUAGCAUCUACCAGAAACAACAGGGUUUGGUAUAUGGACAGUUACACCAACAGUAAGAUUGUGCGUGAGUACAAGACGAUGGAAGACUUCGUAGCAGGAGCGGUUUCCCGAACCUACAGCCUCCCGUUCAAAUGGGAGGGAACCAAUCACAUCGUCUACAACGGAUCACUUUACUACAACAAGUACCAGAGCAACAUCAUUGUCAAGUACAGCUUCGAGACCGGCAGCGUGCUGGCCCAGCGAGCUUUGGAGUUUGCCGGCUUCCACAACAUGUACCCAUACACGUGGGGUGGAUACUCCGACAUUGACGUCAUGGCUGACGAACUGGGAAUGUGGGUUGUUUAUGCCACCAAUCAAAAUGCAGGAAACGUUGUCAUCUCUCAGAUUGAUCCUGACACGCUGCAAGUCCUGAAGACCUGGACCACUGAAUACUCGAAAAGGAAUGCGGGUGAAUCGUUUAUGAUCUGUGGGACGCUCUACAUCACUAACUCUCAUCUGUCGGGAGCAAAAGUUUACUACGCGUACUCUACCAAGACCUCCACAUACGAAUACAUAGACAUUCCCUUCCACAACCAGUACUUUCACAUCUCCAUGCUUGACUACAACGCCAGGGAGAGAGCAUUGUACGCUUGGAAUAACGGACACCAGGUAAUAUUUAAUGUCACUCUCUUUCACGUGAUAAAGACUGAUGAUGACUCUUAAACAUUACACUUCUCCAAUCACAACUAAAGCACCAUUGUUUGUGAUACAAGGACCUUGUAAUGAACCACAUCUUCUUUUGUCAAUCAAAACUGGACUGUCUUUAAUUGCCAUCAAUUGAACCUUUCUAAUUUGUGGCUCUGGAUUCUUGGCUGAAUUGAGCAUGGACACCAAUGACUUGAUACUUUACUGGAAAACACGUUACACGUUUUUUACUCUUUUCCAUCGCUGCUGAUCAGACUGUUAUGCCUUAUUUGCAAAGUGUCGGGUCUGCCGGCCAAAGACCUUUAAUAGCUUUUGCAUGAAUGUCAACAUUUUGUCUGCAGUGCAGUUGCUGUGGUUCCGUUGCAAAUAUAUUAAUUGCUUACAGUGUUUGCAUCUUCUUUUUUUUCUUUGUCUAUUUAUAAAAAGCCUAUUUAAAAGUAUUUAAACCUUAAAAGCAACCUAUUGCAUAUUUGCUACCUUGUAAAGAAGGCUGAUUAUGAAAUAUAGUAUUCAUUCUUUUGAAGAUGGCCCUGUGAAAUAUUGCUGUUAUGUAUGUCUCUGUGGAAGAUUUGUAUUUUUUAUAAAACAAGACCAUGGGAGAAUAUGUGUGCAUUUUCAUUCAAAUUAAAUAUUGUACAUUUCAUUAAAAUGAUUGACUGUUAAAAAUUAA